AUGCAGGCCGAUCCGGCUGUCUCCCGACUGCCUGUUUCAGCAUCCCAAUGCCUUCAAAUGGAACCCGUGCGGCGGGCGGUCGGCGCCGCGGAGAGCCCAGCCUUACAUAAGCCAUUGGUGCGAGCGGAUCCGAGGGGCGAACCCCAAAUUAUACCGCAGAGGUGGCUUCUUCUGCUCGGAAGUGUCUUCUUUCACUCGUGUCUCCUCUCGAUUAAAAUUUGUGUGGGGGCACGGCUUGCAGAUGAUCCCCAGAUCCAAUUUGCAUCUCUGCAUAAUCCUCUCCCUGUUCAGCUUCAUACCUACGUUUGGCCUUUUCUGAUCAUAUGGCCCGUCUUCUUCGCCUUUUACCUCUCCCCUGACCGAUAUGAUACGUACAUCCAAGGACAAGAAUGGACCUUCGUCUUCGCGGGGUCCAUCAUCACGGUCCAGUCGCUCUUCUGGUUGAUGACCAAAUGGAAUAUCAACCUCAACACCCUCUUUACUACCACGCGAGCUAACUCCGUCGAGACCGCGAGCUUGAUCAAGAUCAUUCCUAUCACAAAUGCCGGCACUGCCGAGAUCUGCCCCCUCGUUCGCGAGAACUUCGGUGGCAAGAAGAAUAUCUCGUUCCUUUUCCAGAAGCGUCGCUUCCUGUUCUACCCCGAGACUGGCACCUUUGCCCCCUUGUCCUACGCGCUUGACGCAGAACCGAAGCCGGCUCUCAAGGUGUUCCAGCAGACCAAGGGUCUGACAACCAAGGCCGAGCUUGAACGGGUGCAGCACCACUAUGGCGACAACACCUUCGACAUCCCCGUCCCGACAUUCGUUGAGCUGUUCCAAGAGCACGCUGUGGCACCGUUCUUCGUCUUCCAGGUGUUCUGUGUUGGAUUGUGGAUGCUGGAUGAAUACUGGUAUUACUCGUUGUUCACGCUUUUCAUGCUUGUCGCAUUCGAGAGCACAGUUGUUUGGCAACGCCAGAGGACCCUCAGUGAGUUCCGUUCGAUGAACAUCAAGCCAUACGAUGUCUGGGUGCACCGAGAGAACAAGUGGCAGGAGAUUACCAGCGACAAGCUUCUUCCUGGCGACCUCAUGUCUGUGAACCGCACCAAGGAGGACGGCGGCGUUGCUUGCGAUAUUCUUCUUAUCGAGGGAAGUGUGAUCGUCAACGAGGCUAUGCUUUCUGGAGAGAGCACGCCGCUUCUCAAGGAAUCUAUUCAACUGCGACCUGGUGAGGAUCUCAUUGAGCCCGACGGAUUGGACAAGAACUCUUUCGUACACGGAGGCACCAAGGUCCUCCAGAUCACGCACCCCAACUCCAAUGGUGAGGACAUGUCGAAGAGUUUGCCUGCUGGUGUACGCCCCCCUCCCGAUAAUGGUGCGGUGGGUGUCGUUGUGAAGACCGGCUUCGAGACCAGCCAGGGCAGCCUGGUGCGAACUAUGAUCUACUCCACCGAACGCGUCUCCGCCAACAACGCCGAGGCUCUGCUCUUCAUUCUCUUCCUCCUCAUCUUCGCGAUUGCCGCAUCUUGUCUCGCAGCCUUGAGCAAGUUUGCCAUUUUCUGCACCGAGCCGUUCCGUAUUCCAUUUGCCGGUCGCGUGGACAUUGCUUGCUUUGACAAGACAGGCACCCUGACUGGUGAAGAUCUCGUUGUUGACGGUAUCGCUGGAUUGACUCUCGGCCAUUCAGGCGCCACCGUUGAAGCGGACGGUGCUCACACUGAUCUGGCAAAGGUGUCGGCUAUUGGGCCUGAUACUACCCUUGUGCUCGCCAGUGCCCACGCUUUGGUGAAACUUGACGAGGGCGAGGUUGUGGGUGACCCUAUGGAGAAGGCCACACUGCAGUGGCUUGGCUGGACUCUGGGCAGAAACGACACUCUUACCUGCAAGGGAUCCGCGCCCGUCGUUCAAUCUCGUCCUGUCGAGUCCGUGCAGGUCAAGAGAAGAUUCCAAUUCUCUUCUGCGCUAAAAAGAUCGAGUACUAUUUCUAUCGUCACCGCCUUCGACCCAAAGACAUCCAAGAAGAGCAAGUCGACUCUCGUUGCCGUGAAGGGUGCUCCCGAGACCAUUCAGACUAUGCUCGUGAACGCCCCUUCCAACUACGAAGAGACUUUCAAGUACUUCACUCGCAAUGGAGCCCGCGUGCUCGCUCUCGCCUACAAGUAUCUCUCGCACGAGUCCGAACUUUCUCAAAACCGCGUGAACAACUUCGUUCGUGAGGAAGUUGAGUCUGAGCUACUGUUUGCUGGGUUCUUGGUCUUGCAGUGCCCUCUCAAGGACGACGCCAUCAAGGCCGUUCGUAUGUUGAACGAAAGCAGCCACCGUGUUGUCAUGAUCACGGGUGACAAUCCCCUCACCGCUGUUCAUGUGGCUCGCCAGGUGGAGAUUGUUGAUCGCGAGGUUGUCAUUCUUGACGCGCCCGAGCACGAUACUUCUGGGACCAGAAUCGUGUGGCGUACCAUUGACGAUAAGUUGAACACUGAUGUUGACCCGACUCAGCCUUUGGACCCCGAGAUCUUGAAGUCCAAGGACAUCUGUAUCACCGGUUAUGCUCUCGCUAAAUUCAAGGGCCAGAAGGCUCUGUCCGACCUUCUCCGCCAUACUUGGGUUUACGCUCGUGUCUCGCCCAAGCAGAAGGAAGAAAUUCUGCUCGGUCUCAAAGACGCUGGCUACACGACCCUCAUGUGUGGUGAUGGCACCAAUGACGUCGGUGCUCUCAAGCAGGCUCAUGUGGGUGUUGCGCUUCUGAAUGGUUCCCCGGAAGACCUGACCAAGAUCGCCGACCACUACCGUGUCACCAAGAUGAAGGAGUUGUACGAGAAGCAGGCUGGCAUGAUGCAACGGUUCAACCAGCCAGCGCCGCCGGUCCCUCUUCCCAUCGCUCAUCUGUACCCCCCUGGCCCCGGAAACCCACAUUACCAAAAGGCCAUCGAAAGAGAAUUGCAGAAGAAGGGCACGGCAGCGAUCGCCGCUGCGGGCGACAAGCCUGGCGAGGAUAUUCAAACCAUCACUUCUCCGGGUGCCCAAGCACUUCAACAGGCAAACGCUAACCUGACUCCACAACAACAACGCCAGCAGCAGGCCCAGGUCGCAGCAGCAGGCUUUGCCGACAAGCUUACUUCGUCCAUGUUGGAGGCGGAGCUGGACGAAAGUGAGCCGCCUACCAUCAAACUCGGUGAUGCUUCCUGUGCCGCUCCUUUCACCAGCAAACUUGCCAACGUUGUCGCCAUCCCCAACAUCAUCCGUCAGGGUCGUUGCACUCUGGUUGCCACUAUCCAAAUGUACAAGAUUCUCGCUUUGAACUGCCUCAUCAGUGCCUACAGUCUGAGUGUCAUCUAUCUGGACGGCAUCAAGUUUGGAGAUGGUCAGGUCACCAUUAGUGGUAUGAUGAUGAGUGUCUGCUUCUUGUCCAUUUCUCGUGCCAAGUCUGUCGAGGGUCUUUCUAAGGAGCGCCCGCAACCCAACAUCUUUAAUGUGUACAUUAUUGGCUCCGUGCUCGGACAGUUUGCGAUCCACAUCGUCACUCUGAUCUACCUGACUCAAUACGUGUAUAAGAUUGAGCCGAGAGGCGACAACAUCGAUCUCGAGGGCGAAUUUGAGCCGUCCUUGUUGAACAGCGCCAUCUACUUGCUUCAACUGAUCCAGCAGAUCUCGACCUUUUCCAUCAACUACCAGGGCCGUCCUUUCCGCGAAUCCAUUCGUGAGAACCGUGCUAUGUACUGGGGUCUGGUCGGCGCUACCGCGAUUGCCUUCUCCUGCGCGACCGAGUUUGUGCCCGAAAUCAACGAGAAGCUGCGUCUGGUUCCUUUCAGCACGGAGUUCAAGGUCACCCUGACCGUGCUGAUGAUCUUCGAUUAUGCCGGUUGCUGGCUGAUUGAGAAUGUGCUCAAGAGCUUGUUCAGUGACUUCCGACCCAAGGAUAUCGCUGUCCGUCGUCCUGAUCAGUUGAAGCGGGAGGUUGACCGCAAAGCCCAGGAAGCAGCUGAGGCUGAGGCACAGAAGGAGGAGCAACGCAAGAUUUAG